AUGGACAAUGCCGACUAUCAGAUACCCACAUACUUCCGCCAAGCACCCCUGCUACUCGAUACAUUGGAGACAGAGACAUCUACUGUUCAGAACGAAACCGUCAGCGAGUGCUUGCCUCUCCUUGAUGGCAUCAACGACCCCAGCCGAAGUCCCUUCGAUUUCAAUGAGUUUGGAUUGCCCUAUUUAGAAAGGGAGGCGCACAUUGGAUUCCUGCAUCGGAGUUUGGAGGAAUUCCCUGCUCAUUAUGUCGGCAUUGAUGCUAGUCGUCCUUGGAUGGUUUACUGGGCCUUGGUGGCCCUUUACAUGCUUGGUGAAGACGUCUCCGUCUUCCGGUCAAGGGUCGUCAAAACCAUUUAUUCCAUGCAAAAUCCCAAUGGCGGCAUUGGUGGUGGCUUCGGACAAGAUGCUCACCAAGCUGGAACCUAUGCAGCGCUGCUGUCCCUGGCGCUGGUCGGCGGCGAAGAGGCCUACUCACUUGUCGAUCGUGGAAAGAUGUGGCACUGGCUGGGGCGGCUCAAACAAGCGGAUGGAGGCUUUCAGGUAUGUGAAGGCGGCGAGGAAGAUACUCGAGGAGCUCUGUGCGCCCUGGUUGCCAUUUCACUGCUCAACCUUCCACUCUCACUACCGCCAGAUUCUCCAGCUCGUGAUGCAGGUUUGGAAACUUUCAAGGAUGGCCUCGGGGAGUAUCUCUCGCGUUGCCAGACCUAUGAGGGGGGGAUUGCAGCGUCACCUGGAGGCGAAGCGCACGGGUCCUACGCCUUUUGUGCGCUCGCUUGUCUGUGUCUGUACGGUCCACCGCAAGAAACAAUUAGCAAGUUUCUAGACGUCGAUGCUCUGAUUUGGUGGCUCUCUUCCCGGCAAUAUGCACCAGAAGGUGGGUUUGCCGGCCGCACAAAUAAAUUGGUGGAUGGUUGUUAUAGCCACUGGCUGGGGGGCUGUUGGCCUCUGGCACAAGCAGCGGUGGGCGGUCCUCGAGACUCGGUCGGUGACAUUACAGGCGACGUGAGUGAGAAUUUGUACAGCAGCGAAGGUCUGGCACGGUAUAUUCUAUGCUGUUGUCAGGCGAAGGAUGGCGGACUCAGGGACAAACCAUCAAAGAUGCCCGACUCGUACCAUACUUGUUACAAUCUAUCCGGGCUCAGCAUAGUCGAACACUCCCACUCCUAUGGGACUCCGGACAGUGACGAUCCCUUUGGCUCGGCCUUCACCUGGCAAUCCUCGGAGGCGAAAAUCCCUAGCGAGUGGGAUGCUACUAAGAUAUUUGCCGCAGGUGCGGGCGUCAGGGAGAUUCACCCCGUCUUUGUGAUUCCCCAUGAAGCAGCAAAGGCCAUGCGUCUAUGUCAGCGCCGGCGAUGGCCCGAGCCUGCUUACCAAAUAUCCUAUAGUCCGUCGGGGUACCGAUGCGUGGUCCGGGUGAACAACCGUGAAUACCAAACUCCUACGUAUCACUCCUCGGAGAGCUCGGCAAAGGAAAAUGCUGCAUUGAUCGCCUUCAACAUUUGCCGCAACUUCUCUGCCAACGAUGGCAUGUACCCGACUGGAUUUGCCCACGGCGGAGUGAUCCAGGGCAAUCCCGUGCCCGUCGGCUCUGGUCGCCACAGCCACAACCGCAGGAGCGGAGCGGACACGUCUCGCAUGGAGUGCCGUUAUGGCGACUCAGACAGCGCUGGAAGCCGCAGUGGAGGAAGCAGCCCCGACUGGGGCGAGUCUCGCCUCUCGAGCCCAAUGCGCACGUCUCCCUCUCGUCGGGUUGUGUACUCCUCGGAUGCAGGCCAGUACAGCAGACGAGCCAUGCCACGCUACUAG